UUUCAGAAACAAAAAGGGGGAAAAAAAUAGAAACCCUAACAAAUUUUUCCGCCAGAAAAUCACAGCGUCCCAUUGAAUCGCCGUGAAAUCUCCUGUAGCAUAGCAUCGCCAUAGUAGAAAAAAACAAUUGAAUUUAAUUUCUUCUUUAAUUCUCUUUUUCUUUUCGGUCUUUUUAAGAAAAAUAGCAGUUCUUCGACUUCCGAUCUCCGAUUCAAUCACCCACAAAAUUAUAUCAUAAGCUUCUUGAAUUUGAAGGAUUUUUUCCCCUUUGUGUUCCUUUAAAUGGGUGCUCCUAAGCAGAAAUGGACACCUGAAGAAGAGGCAGCGCUAAAAGCUGGAGUCAUCAAACAUGGUGCUGGAAAAUGGCGAACGAUACUGAAAGACCCUGAAUUUAGUGGUGUCUUGUAUCUGCGUUCCAAUGUAGAUCUUAAGGAUAAAUGGAGAAAUAUGAGUGUGAUGGCCAAUGGAUGGGGUUCUCGAGACAAAGCUAGGCUAGCUGUGAAAAGGACAUCUAGCUUUCCUAAACAGGAGGAGAGUGCUGUGGACCUUGCUGUAGCUCCAAGUGAUGAGGAAAUCGUGGAUGUUAAGUCCGUCCCAGUUUCCAGUGCUACAUUACAGAUUCCAUCUUCUACAAAGAGAUCCAUCGUCAGGUUAGAUAACCUCAUUAUGGAAGCAAUUACAACCUUGAAGGAGCCUGGUGGUUCAAACAAGACAAAUAUUGCUGCAUAUAUAGAGGAGCAAUACUGGGCACCUCCUGACUUUAAGAGGCUCUUGUCAGCGAAGUUAAAGUAUUUAACAGCUUGUGGUAGACUGAUAAAGGUGAAACGCAGGUAUAGGAUUGCACCUGCUCUGUCAUUUUCAGACCGGAGGAGGAAUCAUCCCAUGCUAUUUUCAGAGGGAAGACAAAGGGUUUCUCCUCGAUUUGAUAGGGAUGAUUUGAAAAUCAUCACAAAAUCUCAGAUUGAUUUAGAGUUAGCUAGGAUGAGGAAGAUGACACCACAAGAGGCUGCUGCAGCCGCUGCUCGAGCAGUUGCAGAAGCAGAAGCUGCAAUAGCAGAAGCUGAAGAAGCAGCAAGAGAGGCAGAGGUUGCUGAAGCUGAUGCAGAGGCAGCGCAAGCUUUUGCAGAAGCAGCAAUGAAAACUCUAAAAGGAAGAAACAAUCAGAAAGUGAUGGUUCGAGCUUGAUUUGGCAAAACGAGCAAAGAGGUGUUGACGAUUUUUUCAGCAGGCACCCAGUCAUCAUCGCUUUUGCAGCAGGCACCUGGUAAUUGUCCCUAUUUGUAGCAGGCACCCAGUGAUCAUCCUUAUUAUUUGUAGCCGUCCAGGGGAGAACAAAAAAAAGGGUUAGGGCCUUUUUGGUUGCAUAUGUAUAGGAUUCUUCCUUUUGCCAGGAAAAGUAGAUUCCAUUAACAACCUUGCUGAUGUGGUUUCAAAUGCAGGGGUUCUUGCUUUGUUUUUUGUUUUUUUGAGAAUCUUAUGGGAUUGCAGUUGAUAUUUAUUCAUUUUGAAUAGCUCUGCACUCAAGAUGCUGGAAAACAUAGAAACUAGGAAUGUAAAUAGGGGGGAUAGGAACUGUUUGUUUUGCAUCUGAGAUUUAUCUGUUGUGUAGUUUUCUUCGUGUUCUUAAGCAUUUUCAUGCCAUUCUCAAUAGAAAUGAAUUCAUUUUGCUGUA